AUGACCGACUCAACACCACAAAGAGUUCCCCUCCGCGGCUCAUGUCAUUGCGGCAACGUCAAAUACAUCCUCUUCCUCACACUCCCCCAUCCCCAUCCCGGAGGCACUCGCCCCCCUCAGGGAAGCCAGCUCUUCCGACGAUGCAACUGCACCACCUGUCAUAAAAUGGGCUUCUUCCACACCCGCCCCGUCUCCAACCACAACGACUUCCUUCUCCUCUGUCCCCUAGACCCGGCCAACGACCUCGGAAACUAUGCGCACGGCGACGCAGAGCUACAUUUUCUAUUCUGCAAGAAGUGCGGCGUGCGGGUCUUCAUGUUCUAUGGAGAAGGUGCCGUAGAAGAGGUUGACCUGGCGAGUCUGGGCGUCCUAGAGACGUCGGGAGAGUUGACCAAGGUCUGGAGACUGGUCGGGGAGCCUGAUUAUGGGAAUAGAUUGAGUGUGAAUGGGCAUACUGUUGAUGCGGGACAGGGGUUUGACAUGAGAGAGUUGGUUGAGAAGAAGCAGGUUUUGUAUAUUGACUUUUUGGAUGAUGAGAAUCCCUUGGAGGCGCGGUUUGAGCGGCCGCAUGCUGGGGGGUGCUAUUGA